CCUCCUGGUUUAAACUGCAGCAGCUCUGAGUCCCUCUUCAGUCUGAGCAGCAGCAGCAGCAGCAGGAUGGCCUCCAACACCGCCACCAUGGGAAACCUGCCCAGCGGGGCCGGAAUAUGUACGACCAUCCCCGACAUCCUCUACCUGCCCGAACUGAUCUUCGGGGGUCUGGUGUGGAUCCUGGUGGCGUGCACGCUGGUGGUGCCGGCGAACCCUCAGGCCUGGGUCAUGUUCGUCUCCAUCUUCUGCUUCGUCAUGACUUUUAUCUGGUUGCUGGUGUUCGCCUGCGGGAUGCACAACAACAGAAGCAGCUGGGCUGCAGCGGACUUUGCGUAUCACGGCAUCGCUGCCUUCUUCUACCUCAGCGCUUCAGUGGCUUUGGCCAAAGUGACCCUGGACAUGAACAAUGGGACCAACAACAGGAACUACAAGCUGGACAUCUCUGCAGUGGUCUUCUCCUACGUGGCGACCCUCCUCUACUUCAUCCACACCAUCCUGUCGGCCAUCCGAUGGAAAUCUUUCUAGAGGUUUCCUCCCGCAGAGCCUUGUGAUCCAGAACAGGACUGAUUCUUUUUCUUAAAGCGUGUACAUGAUGGGGGGGGGGGGCUGUCAGGCUGUGAAGCAACAUCUGGAUCACCGCAGCAGCUGUCAGCGUCCGGCUGUCAGGAGUAGGCGGGACUUCAGGGAUGUGAAGUGAUGAAUGACAGUUUGGGUCAUCAGAUCCAGAAACUCAUCAGCAUUUAGUCCACACACAGCGGAGCCUGCUGGCUUCACAAACGAGCAGCAAGCUGAAUCAACAGAGAGUCACAAAAUGUUUUUAACUUAUAUUCUUCAUCUCACUGGUUUUUCCUGCCCAGCUGUUUCUGGGGGUUUCUGUUAUUUUGUCCACCCUCACAUGUUGUGGCUUCCUGGUCUGGAGCGUCUGUCCUGGGGUAACUUCUCUCAUGUUUCCUGUAAUAAACGAGUGUUGUUGGUUUCCUCUCAGCUGAUUGAAGAAAGGCUCUGAUGUGGCUGCUUUUAUAUUUUUAUAAGUUUCUAAACAAGAUAAUUUAAUUAGUGCGGAUCAGAACAGGAAAGGAUGGAAACUGUGUGAAGCACUGCUGAAACUGCUGACUCUUCUGAUUAUGAAUAAAAGUGUUUGUUUUGAAA